GCACAAGCGGCGCUGGACGCGAUGGUGGCGCGUGCCGUGUCCAUGGCUGGCUACCCGCCGAGCGUGAAGACGGCUUACUCCAAGGUCUUAACGAAGGCCGGGAUCACGACGCCGACGAUGCUCUUCCAGCUAGUGCUGGCAUCUCCCGCGGUGAGUCCGCAGUCUGGGCUGCUGUAUCUGCUGCAGCAGAACGGCGCGCCCACUUCCGGCCCAACGUUGACGCAGUGGGUGGUAGUGAGCGGCAACCUCACGAACAUCUCGCUCGGCACCGCCGGAAAUAAGCCGUCCACUGCGCAGGAUACUUUUGCGCCGAGGCCCGCUCCGCCGCCCGCGCCAGCGGCCAGGGCACAGGCGCAGCAAUGGCGUUCCCAACAGGGUCUAACGGCCGACGACUAUUGGCCGUUUCCGUGAGGCGGUAGGGAGGUUACGAGCGAGGUUGUAUCCUGUAAUGUGCGGAGGAGGUGCUUAGCGUAUAAGUGGCCGGAUCUCACCCCGGCCUUGUACAGUUGUAGUGGUCUGUUGAGAGUGCGGCGAAGCAUGGU